AUGACCGAGACGGAACGGGCAAACACACAGGGCUUUGCAGAUUGGCUCUUCGGAGUUGGAGAUGGGUCGGUGACCGAAACAGAAGACUCUAUCGCGCUCCCACGUAAGCUUCUCCUGCCGGCAACCACGACGAACAGCUCCGGGUUGAUCAGACACGUUUAUCCCGGCCCCGCGCUCUAA